AUGCCACCCUCAAGACUUGUCCCGUCCAUUUUGCCCUGGUGCUACAACGACCCUGACCCUGUCGCAAAGGAGUUGGAUAAGAAGUUUGGCGCCAAUCAGUACCGGCUCAGUUCAUUUGCUAAUGCCCCCAAAAAGGUGAAGGGCAAUCAGUACCUCGUUGAGGCUCCCAGGAAACUUCAACCAGGAGAGAUCAGGCAGAUUCAUGACAACGUCAAGUGGCAUUACCGGGAGUAA